GAUUAGUCCUGGUUGGCUCACACACUCCAGAAAAGGUUGUCAAACAGUCUCCUCCCUUCUCCCUUCUCCCUUGACGCUUUUAUUGGCACUUUUUCUGUACAUAAAAUCAAUCAACUCAAUCGCCGGUCCACUCUUCUUUGUUUUGAUUCUGGUUUAUAGUUGUUGCCCUAAGGAGGUUAAAAGAAAAGAAGAUGGGUUGUGAUUCGAUUACCCAUGUUGUGCUGCUUUUGCUUCUGUUGGGGCCAUGCCUCUGCUCAAGGGAGGAAAGCUCUGCAACCCAAAUUUUGAGCUCAGCCAAGAAAGACAGAGAAUGGUUGGUCUCAGUAAGGAGGAAAAUCCUUGAAAACCCGGAGCUCAGAUUCGAAGAAUACAACACCAGUGCUCUUAUUCGUGGGGAACUCGACAAACUGGGCAUCUCCUACACUCACCCACUUGCCAAGACUGGCAUUGUGGCAGAAAUCGGCACUGGUUCUGGCCCAGUUGUGGCUCUUCGAGCAGACAUGGAUGCUCUCCCUCUGCAGGAGCUUGUUGAGUGGGAGCAUAAGAGCAAGAUUGAUGGGAAAAUGCAUGGGUGCGGACACGAUGCCCACACCACUAUGCUGCUGGGGGCUGCCAAGUUGCUUAGUCAACGGAAGCAUAAACUUAAGGGAACUGUGAGACUUCUUUUCCAGCCAGCUGAGGAGGGAGGAUUGGGCGCUCGUGAAAUGAUCAAGGUGGGUGCUCUUGGUGAUGCUGAAGUGAUAUUUGGAAUGCAUAUUGAUCAUGAAACACCCACAGGCAGUAUAGCGUCUCGUUCAGGACCUCUCCUAGCUGCAGUGUGCUCCUUUGAAGCAAGAAUAGAAGGGAAAGGUGGGGAUGCUGCAGAACCCCACACUAAUGCAGAUCCAAUACUUGCAGCAUCAUUUUCAAUUUUGGCAUUGCAACAGCUCAUCUCAAGAGAAUUAGAUCCCCUGGACAGCCAAGUGCUGUCUGUUACUUCUGUGAAAGGAGGGACAACACUGAAUCUAACUCCAUCACAUGUUGUGCUUCGAGGAAGCUUAAGGAGUCUUACCACUGAAGGUUUGAAACAACUCCGGAAGAGAGUGAAAGAGGUUAUUGAAGGGCAGGCAGCUGUACACCGAUGUAAUGCAUAUUUUGACAGAACAGAAGAUUACCUUCUUCCUGCAGUUGUGAAUGACGAGGUCAUGCAUCAGCAUGUGCUGAGGGUUGGGAAACUCGUGCUUGGUCCUGAGAAUAUCCUCAUAGCUAACAAGGUGAUGGCAAGUGAGGACUUUGCCUUCUAUCAAGAGGUGAUUCCUGGAGUCAUGUUUAGCAUUGGAAUUAGAAAUGAGCUGGUGGGUUCUGUUCACUCCCCCCACUCCCCUCACUUCUUUCUUGACGAGGAUGUCCUUCCAAUUGGGGCAGCACUUCACACUGCUCUUGCUGAGAUAUAUCUGGAUGAGCACCAAAAUCCUACUCUACCUUAAUAUUUUCAGAGGAGACUGAAGAAACCCUGGUGUAUCUCCUAUUUUGAACCUUUUGUAUAUGCUAUAAACAAUGAAUGUAUCUACGAACUAACCCAAUUACAUCCUUUGCAGUACUUAUUUAUCA